AGUGGGGCGGCAAUGGAAAGGGACUCGCUGCAGAAGAAGCCGGGGUUGCUGCGGUGGAGGACCUCAAAGAUAUGGAGAGGGAAGGCGUGGAGGUCGAGGGACAUAACCACCAGGACAAUGAUGGAUAGGGAGGAUGAAUUUGUCGAGCUCUACCAUGGACACCAUUCUGGAUAUAGUUUGCAACACGAAAGUGAUGUCAACAACAAUGACCAAUAUUUCACCAAAGUAACUGUUAUUACUUUGCAACUUGCAGGACGAUUAGAUGGUAGCUUUGUCUAUUCUUUUUCUUUUCUUUCUUUCAAGUUAUGUUAUCUUCAAAAUGAUUUUUAGAAUUUUAAAAUCUAGAAAUUAGAUUAGAAGAUGUAGAGCGAUAUGAAGAAGUAUUUGGAAGAAGGAGCUAAGAAGAAAAGCACCAUUUGGGAGAACAAGCGUAGGAGCGAAGAAGU